UUGUUGUUACACACAUUUUCCGCUGUAUGCACAGAUAGGCAUCGCAAUGCAUCAUUAAUUUACGAUUAAAAUGAACUCGUUUAUAUUCCAAACGCAGAAAUUCUGUGCUCUAAUAUAAUUUCGUCAACCAGCACACAAUAUACUUGUAUUUUAUUUUCGGCCAACAUGAAUUGGCCACGUGUUUUAGACAUAACCAACAGUUUCUUGCUGUUUACCGGAUUUCAGCUGCACAGCUUUGACUUAAAAACUCAACGGUAUCACAUUUCCCUGUGGGGACUCGCAAAUUUCACAGCGCUGACAUUAUUCUAUGUCAUCUGCAUUAAUCAGCACUUCACGCGCUCACCACUGCUAAAGAUUUUCCACGAUGUUUCGCCGUUUUUUUGGCAACUAAUACGCGCGCAUCUAUUGCUGGGACUUAAGAUUUAUAUAUUUCGCAUUUUUACAAUGGUCGCAGUGGGUCGUGCUUGCAAUGGUAUUUCAGGCGUUUGCACACGUGUGUUUGCGCAUAAAUUCAAAUUGAAGGAGGCUUUUGCAUACAUCUUGGUAUUCUCAACGUUCGCAAUCUCACUUUGCUUUGGUGCAUAUAUUGCUUAUGAAAUGGAAUUUGAAAUGCCACCUUGGGAUAAUAUUUUCGUAAGUUUUGGCCUAUUCAUUCCGCAUUUCGCUGUGGCCGGCGCUUUAAAGCUAUACACACUGAAUUGCUGUUUAUUGCGCGAGGAACUGAGGCAGUUAAAAAUGGGACUGCAGGACAUGCUUAUGGAGCAAUUAACAACUGACGUCAAAAGUGUGGAAAACGGCAUUGAAAUGACAGCAAGUGUCAGCGCCACAAAUGUUUGUGUCAAAAUGAAAGCGAUGAAUUUUCAAAAAGAGUUGGCGCAAUAUCUUAAACGCUUUGAGCAGCUGGCGGCUGAAGUGAAGCUUGUGAGCGUUGCAUUAGGCAAAGAUAUGCUGCUGCUAUUGUUAAUGAAUUGCACCUGUCUGCUUGCCGGUGUUUAUUCACUUGUGUACUUUCAAACAAGUUGGCACUUACUCUUCUCUCCCCAGUGGAAGCGUAUUUUUUAUGCUUCUAAUAUUGCGAUUUACGUGCUCAUCUCCUGGGAUUAUAUUUGUUUGUGCACAAGUGUAUGGCUUUUCAACAAAGUGAAAAACCAAAUACUUGAUGUCGUUCAAGUAGCUAUAAAAUCAAAAGCGCGUUUUGAAAAGGCUGCUUAUGCUCUCCUAAAGGAUAUUCGUAACGUAUUGACUACAGAGCUGCGGUUGACUUUGUUUAAGCUGGUGGAAAUAAACGCGUCGAAUUUAAUAAUGUUGCACGUCAUCGUUGGCAUAAUAAUAUCCCUAGUCGUUGUUUAUCAAUAUUUGAUUGAUCAAAUUAUUUCAAUACAUGCUGAGCUGGAUACUGUCGACAGCGAUGAUUAGAAUUUAGCUUAACAUACAAACAAACCUUGACUGUACAUAUAGCUCCUUUCUUUGUUAAGAUAAGAUCAGAACAUAAUGAAUUACAAAACUUCCGGUUCCGUCCAAACUCGUUUAUCUAUGCAUUUCAGCAAAAUAUUAUAGUGAUGCCAUAUCCAAUAGUUACACUUCUCAAAAUAAGUGAAAAUAAUUAAGCAUAAAUAUUUCAAUGAUUUUGUUCAAAUAUAUAAAUGUAGAUAAAUAUGCCUUUAAAAAUUAGCAGUAAUGGUGAUCUUAAUUAAGUUCAAAUAUAUUAGAUACAUUGAAUAUUAUAAAAAUAUAUAACUCGUAUAAUACACAUGC